AUGGCUGGAGCACCAUUAGCAGCACCAAUUCAUGCAGCAAUUAAGCAAGCUCACGCUGGAAGUUACGGCACUUCGCAGCGAGGUGAAAGAUCGAGGACGUUCCAGGAGUCGCAGCCACCAAAGCUACAGGAGCAGGUCCGCGUCGUGCAAAAGAAGGACUCCAGGGAAUCCAGAGUGGCUCUGCAGGUUCCAUUACCGGUGGAGGAAGAACGCGAGGCGGUGCGAGGAACCUUGCGCCUGGCGUAA